AUGGACACACUGUCAUCUGGAACUCUUCAAUCGUCGACGUUCUCUGAGAGCUCUAGGACUGGCAGUAGUAGAUCCCAACGGAGCGCGAAGGAUGAACCAGAUUUUACAAAAGACAAUGCUGCUUCCCCAAUCGAUCUGGAAUGUCACAUCCAAGCGGAACGAAUCACGAAGAUUCUCGACGAAGCCAUAUAUAAAACCAAGCUUGCCAUCUGUCUUCCUAACCUUGUGCAAGAAUACCGUACCCUCAAUUCAAUAUUAUCGUCUCAGCACAUGGAAGAUUUGAUUUUCAUAUUCGAGCAGUAUGAUAACCCUCUGUUUUCCACUAGUCUCCUGAACAUGGCUGCAAUGGAAGAUAUUAAAGCUGGCGAUGUCUCAUUGAAAAACAGACUGAAUCCAGAACUAGGGCAUCUCAUGUACAUUUUAAAUAGUUACCCACAACUGCGCCCAAAAGUGAUAGAAAUGGUGGAUGAGGUCGAAAUCUUAUUUAUUUAAUAUUGCUUAACAAAAAUUCUACAGCGAAGAGUACCAGGUCUAGAAUACCUAUUGACAUUUGAAAAGUUUCGCGAUUUGAUGGUGAAGCAGAUGGAUACAACCGCGGCAGAGGAACUGGCUGCAAAACUGGAUACAAGGAAACUGGAAGGCUCGAAUCAAAAGCUCAUAGAAAAAAUAAAUGAGUAUACGCAGUCAUUGAAAGAAGAAAAUGAUAGUUUUGUGGAAACCAUGAAGCUGAAAUCGGAGAUAAUAGCCAAGUUGGAACACGAGCUGGCGAUUCUUAACCGAGACGCUGAUUUGAAGUUGAAGAAGAAAAUUUUAGAUUCAGAUCGCCAGAUGGUGCUAGCGACGCGUGCGCACCUCGUUAAGAAUGAAAUGCUCAAGGAGGAAGAGACAGAAUCACGCGAGCUUUACGAGAACAUUCUCAGGAAGAACCUCAUUGAUGAGAAGAACCAACGAGCUCGACGGUUUAAAGUGGAGACACAACUGUUGUCAUGGCUACAAAAAUAUGACUUAGAGAUGGGAGAUAAGCAAGUGGAGUUGGAUGAGUUUACGGAGAAAUAUGAAGACGAACUACAAAAGUGUGAUGAACUUGAGAUAAAAUUAGCUGAACAAGACAAGGAGUAUAUUCCACUGAUGGCGGAGAGGGAAGAGGAGUAUCACCAAGAGAUGACGGAGAAAAUGAACAAAUUCCUUCUAGAACAUGCAGCCAGGGUCAUACAGUGCGCCUGGAGGGAUGUUCUCGCCAAUCGGGCUGAGAAGAAACGGUUGAAAAAAUUGCAAAAGAAGAUGCAAGCUGCUGCAGCCGCUGCAGAGAAAAAAGGCGGGAAAAAAUGACACAACGAUGUUUU